GCCUCUCCCAACAUGGCGACCCUGACUCUCCGUUCCCGGUGCGGAACGUACGACCGGAAGUGACGGGUCCCAGAAAUUUCCGCUUUCUUUCUGCAGCAGGAACCGUGGCUGCCGGACAAGAGGGGUGCGGUGGAUACUGACCUUUGCUUCGGCCUCGUGUAGGUGUGAACGAGCGGCGUGAAGACACAGCGCAUCUCCCCGCUGUCGGCUUCCUCCCACAGAACCCGUUUCGGGCCUCAGAGCGUCUGGUGAGAUGCUGCUGCCGCUGCUUCUGCUCCUACCCAUGUGCUGGGCCGUGGAGGUCAAGAGGCCCCGGGGCGUCUCCCUCACCAAUCAUCACUUCUACGAUGAGUCCAAGCCUUUCACCUGCCUGGACGGUUCGGCCACCAUCCCAUUUGAUCAGGUCAACGAUGACUAUUGUGACUGCAAGGAUGGCUCUGACGAGCCAGGCACGGCUGCCUGUCCUAACGGCAGCUUCCACUGCACCAACACUGGCUAUAAGCCCCUGUAUAUCCCCUCCAACCGGGUCAACGAUGGUGUUUGUGACUGCUGCGAUGGAACAGACGAGUACAACAGCGGCGUCAUUUGUGAGAACACCUGCAAAGAGAAGGGCCGUAAGGAGAGAGAGUCCCUGCAGCAGAUGGCCGAGGUCACCCGCGAAGGGUUCCGUCUGAAGAAGAUCCUUAUUGAGGACUGGAAGAAGGCACGGGAGGAGAAGCAGAAAAAGCUCAUUGAGCUACAGGCUGGGAAGAAGUCUCUGGAAGACCAGGUGGAGAUGCUGCGGACAGUGAAGGAGGAAGCCGAGAAGCCAGAGAGAGAGGCCAAAGAGCAGCACCAGAAGCUGUGGGAAGAGCAGCUGGCUGCUGCCAAGGCCCAACGGGAGCAGGAGCUGGCGGCUGAUGCCUUCAAGGAGCUGGAUGACGACAUGGACGGGACGGUCUCGGUGACGGAACUGCAGACUCACCCGGAGCUGGACACAGAUGGGGAUGGGGCGUUGUCAGAAGCGGAAGCUCAGGCCCUCCUCAGUGGGGACACACAGACAGACGCCACCUCUUUCUACGACCGCGUCUGGGCUGCCAUCAGGGACAAGUACCGGUCCGAGGCACUGCCCACCGACCUUCCAGCACCUUCUGCCCCUGACUUGACGGAGCCCAAGGAGGAGCAGCCACCAGUGCCCUCGCCGCCUACAGAGGAGGAGGAGGAGGAGGAGGAAGAAGAGGAGGCUGAAGAAGAGGAGGAGGAGGAGGAUUCCGAGGUGCAGGGGGAGCAGCCCAAGGAGGCCCCACCGCCACUGUCACCCCCGCAGCCGGCCAGCCCUGCCGAGGAAGACAAAAUGCCGCCCUACGACGAGCAGACACAGGCCUUCAUCGAUGCUGCCCAGGAGGCCCGCAACAAGUUCGAGGAGGCCGAGCGGUCGCUGAAGGACAUGGAGGAGUCCAUCAGGAACCUGGAGCAAGAGAUUUCUUUUGACUUUGGCCCCAACGGGGAGUUUGCUUACCUAUACAGCCAGUGCUACGAGCUCACCACCAACGAAUAUGUCUACCGCCUCUGCCCCUUCAAGCUUGUCUCGCAGAAACCCAAACUCGGGGGCUCUCCCACCAGCCUCGGCACCUGGGGCUCAUGGGCUGGCCCCGACCACGACAAGUUCAGUGCUAUGAAGUAUGAGCAAGGCACGGGCUGCUGGCAGGGCCCCAACCGCUCCACCACCGUGCGCCUCCUGUGCGGGAAAGACACCAUGGUGACCAGCACCACAGAGCCCAGUCGCUGCGAGUACCUCAUGGAGCUGAUGACGCCGGCCGCCUGCGCGGAGCCACCGCCGCCUGAAGCACCCACCGAAGACGACCAUGACGAGCUCUAGCUGGAUGGGUGCAGAGGUGGGCGGGGAGGUGGAGUCUCGGCCCGCCCCAGCAAGGAGAGGCGGCGGGCUCUGAGGAAGAUGGACCCACAUGGCCAAUCUAUCAACCUGUGUCCCUGUGUUCCCUGCUUUUUUUUUUUUUUUUUUUUUGAGGUGGAGUCUCACUCUUUGGCCCAGGCUGGAGUGCAGUGAUGCGACCUCAGCUGACUGCAACCUCCACCUCCCGGGUUCGAACAAUUCUCCUGCCUCAGCCUCCCAAGUAGCUGGGAUUACAGGUGUGCACCACCACGCCUGGCUAAUUUUUGUAUUUUUAGUAGAGAUGGGGUUUCACCAUGUUGGCCUGGAUGGUCUCGAACUCCUGACCUCAGAUGAUCCACCUGCCUCAGCCUCCCAAAGUGCUGGGAUUACAGGCAUGAGCCACCACACCCGGCCAUCUCCUGCCUUUUUUUUUUUUUGGAUGGAGUUUCACUCUUGUUGCCGAGGCUGGAAUGUGGAAUGCAAUGGCGCGAUCUCGGCUCACUGCAACUUCCACCUCCUGGGGGUGCAAGCAAUUCUCCUGCCUCAGCCUCCUGAGUAAUUGGGACUACAGGCGCUGCCACCAUGCCUGGCUAAUUUUUUUGUAUUUUUAGUAGAGAUGGGGUUUCACCGUGUUAACCAGGUUGGUCUUGGUCUCCUGACCUCGUGAUCCGCCCUCCUUAGCCUCCCAAAGUGCUGGGAUUACAGGCAUGAGCUACUGUGUCUGGCCAUCCCCUGCUUUUUAAAAAAAGAUUUUUUUACUUUUGAAAAUAAAUAGGCCAGGCGUGGUGGCUCACAUCUGUAAUCCCAGCACUUUGGGAGGCUGAGGCAGGCGGAUCACUUGAGGUCAGGAGGUUGAGACCAGCCUGACCAACAUGGUGAAACCCCAUCUCUACUAAAAAUACAAAAAAAUUAGCUGAGUGUGGUGGUAGGUGCCUGUAGUUCCAGCUGCUCGAGAGGCUGAAGCACAAGAAUCACUUGAACCCGGGAGGUGGAGGUUGGAGUGAGCCAAGAUCAUGCUACUGCACUCUCCAGCCUGGGCUACAGAGCGAGACUCUCAAAAAAAAAAAAAGAGAAAAUAGACAAGGUCUCCAGGCUGGUCAACUCCUGGCCUCAAAUGAUCCUCCCACCUCAGCCUCCCAAGCAGCCGGGACUACAGGCAAACAUCACCAUGUCCAGCUGUCCCCAGCUUUCUAAUCUGGUCUUUCUCUUGCCCCAGAACCUCAAGAAGGCAUGAAGCCAGCCCCUGCAGUGCCGUCCACCUGCCCCUCUGUCCGGGCCUGCCUAUGGCUCUGUUGCCCUCCUCUGGGGCGGCAGGACCUUUGUGGGGCUUCGUGCCCUGCUCUGGGGCCCAGGCGGGGCUGGUCCACAUUCCCAGGCCCCAACAGCCUCCAAAGAUGGGUAAAGGAGCUUGCCCUCCCUGGGCCCACCACCCCCAGCCCUGUCCCUGCCACCCCUCCUAGUGGGGACUAGUGAAUGACUUGACCUGUGACCUCAAUACAAUAAAUGUGAUCUCCCACCCACA